AUGACGCGGUGCCGCGCGCUGGGCUUCGUUCCGCAACCCGCGGCGGCGACCUACUACGCGCAGCGCACGGUGCCCGGUCAGCUGCUGAUCACGGAAGGCACGGUUGUUUCACAGGGAGGAAUUGGGUACCCGAACGUGCCGGGGAUAUAUACGCGAGAGCAGGUGGAGGCGUGGAAGCCGAUUGUGAAGGCCGUGAAGGACAAGGGCGGCGUCUUCUUCUGCCAGCUCUGGCACGGCGGCCGCGCCUCGCACCAGGACUACCAACCAGGAGGGGCGCUCCCCAUCGCGCCGUCGGCCAUCCCCAUCACGUCGGGCGACAAGGUGUACACACACACUGGCGCGCACGACUACCCCACGCCGCGGGCCAUGUCAGAAGCGGACAUACGCGCUGCUGUCCUGCAGUUCCGCGUGGCGGCGCGCAACGCCAUGGAGGCCGGGUUUGACGGCGUGGAGCUGCACGGCGCAUCUGGGUACCUCAUAGAGCAGUUCCUCAAGGACAGCAGCAACAAGCGCACGGACCGCUACGGCGGGUCCAUCCCCAACCGCGCGCGCUUCCUUGUAGAAGUCGCAUCCGCCGUGGCAGAAGAAAUCGGACCGCUGCGUGUGGGCGUACGCCUGUCUCCAUUCGCAGCGCUGCUGUCAGCUGUAGAUUCGUCUCCCGUGGCCACAUACGUGCAUGCCACGCAGUGCCUCAACGACCUGGGGUUGCUCUACCUUCACCUCAUAGAGGCCCGCCUGGACCGCAAAGGGGAGGCUCUUGCUGAUGGGGAGUCCCUAGAGCCGUUUCGCCGUGCCUUCAGCAACACGCUCAUUAAAUCAGGCGGACACACGCGCGAGUCUGGAAACGCUGCUAUUGCUAGCGGAGCAGCUGACUUGGUGGCAUACGGCCGCCUAUUCCUGGCCAAUCCCGACCUGCCACGUCGCUUUGCGCUGGAUGCUCCACUGAACCCCUAUGAUAGGGAUACCUUCUACACUUUUGACCAAGCCAAGGGGUACACAGAUUACCCAUUCUUAGAGGAGACCUCAGGAUGA